AUGAGCAGAGAAGAAACACAAUCAUUAUCACCUAACCUGGCAGGCAGCAUAACGAUCAUUAACGAGGAAGCCACAGUCAAUGAAGAUGAAGUGUCACAAUCAAUUAUAACCAAUACUCCUUCAGAGACGUCUACUGAUGCCGUCUUGUUCCAAACACCGGAUCGAGCCUCUUCACCAUGUAUUUUGGUGCGAUUAAGUGAGUUUUAGUUUUUAUACAAUGGAACUUAAUGGGUAACUGGACACACUGGCAGAUAUAGUUUCGCUAUUUGAAAAGGGAGUUCUGCCAUUUGAAAAGCGAGUUUAGACUUUCCAAAGUCCGCGGUUCGUGGUUCCGUCUUUCUCAAGCGCUCCCUUCUUGUUACGUGCGGUCCCUAGCGAGCGACUUGGGCAAGUCUAAAGCGAGUUUUGCCAUUUGAAAAGGGAGUUCUGCCAUUUGAAAAGGGAGUUUUGCCAUUUGAAAAUGGAGUUCUGCUAUUUGAAAAGGGAGUUUUGCUAUUUGAAAAGGCAGUUUUGCUAUUUGAAAAGGGAGUUCUGCUAUUUAAAAAGGGAGUUUUGCUAUUUGAAAAGGGAGUUCUGCUAUUUAAAAAGGGAGUUCUGCUACUUAAAAAGGGAGUUCUGCUAUUUAAAAAGGGUGUUUUGCUAUUUGAAGCUACAUAUAUUAGAGAGGCGUCUGUAUUAGAGAGAUAUCUGUAUUAGAGAGGUGUCUGUAUUAGGGAGAUGUCUGUUUUAGAGAGACACCUGAAAAAGACAGAUAUCUGUAUUAGAGAGGUGUCUGUAUUAGAGAGAUAUCUGUAUUAGAUAGAUAUCUGUAUUAGAUAGAUAUCUGUAUUAGAGAGAUAUCUGUAUUAGAGAGAUGUCUGUAUUAGAGAGGUGUCUGUAUUAGAGAGAUAUCUGUAUUAGAGAGGUGUCUGUAUUAGAGAGAUAUCUGUAUUAGAGAGAUAUCUGUAUUAGGGAGAUGUCUGUUUUAGAGAGACACCUGAAAAAGACAGAUAUCUGUAUUAGAGAGGUGUCUGUAUUAGAGAGAUAUCUGUAUUAGAUAGAUAUCUGUAUUAGAUAGAUAUUUGUAUUAGAGAGAUAUCUGUAUUAGAGAGAUGUCUGUAUUAGAGAGGUGUCUGUAUUAGAGAGAUAUCUGUAUUAGAGAGAUGUCUGUAUUAGAGAGAUAUCUGUAUUAGAGAGAUAUCUGUAUUAGAGAGAUGUCUGUAUUAGACAGAUAUCUGUAUUAGAGAGGUGUCUGUAUUAGGGAGAUAUCUGUAUUAGAUAGAUAUCUGUAUUAGAGAGAUAUCUGUAUUAGAGAGGUGUCUGUAUUAGAGAGAUAUCUGUAUUAGAGAGAUAUCUGUAUUAGAGAGACAUCUGUAUUAGAGAGGUGUCUGUAUUAGAGAGGUGUCUGUAUUAGAGAGAUGUCUGUAUUAGAGAGGUGUCUGUAUUAGAGAGAUAUCUGUAUUAGAGAGGUGUCUGUAUUAGGGAGAUAUCUGUAUUAGAGAGAUGUCUGUAAGAUGUUUGUUACUAAUAUGAUUUAUGCUUUAUUUCAGAUGAAGAAAACGACAGUGUGACCUUCAUUCCUUACCCCGCAAUAUAUCAGGAUGGAAAACAAACCUUCUUACCUGAGACAAGCAUGGUCGCUCGUGUUGUUGAAGUGGAAAGAUCUUCUGUUUUCAAUCAUCCUUUUAACCCAAACCUGUAAGUCGACAUUUUUCUUUAUAACAGACAGAUUUAGAAAACACGAUCCAAACUGAUGAAAGACGCGCCUUCAAAACAAAGAAAUAUUUCAUGCAAAACAAAAAGCUUGAAUAAUUUGUGGUCCCAGGGGUAUUCUCAACAACGUUGUCAUCCUGAACACAACGCUAAGAUUUUAAGAUAGGUAACUUGUCAACAAGAUGAGCUAGUAUUUCGAAGGUCGUAGGUUCGAAUCCCACCGUGGCCCGGCAAUUUUUCAAGCCUGCCAGGUGUGGAUAUACACUCAGAGUAACAUCACAAGCAUCAUAUUCACCUGAGUACAUUACACCAACACAACAAAUAUCAACUUAAGUUCUUUGAAUGUUUGCAUGGCGAUAAAAUAUAAUUGUUUUUGUUUGUGGAAACACCACGUAAAUUUAUUACUGCAAAGCUUUCGAUCCGUAAGCCCGGAUCUUCAUCAGUGCUAAUAAUAUGUAAUAAUUUCAUUAUUAUUAUUACUCAUAUUAUUAGCACUGAUGAAGAUCCGGGCUUACGGAUCGAAAGCUUUGCAGUAGUAAAUCUACGUGGUGUUUCCACAAACAAAAACAAUUAAAUAUCAACUUGUCAACAAGCUGGCAACAAGCAGUGCGAACACAUCCUGUUGACAAGUUGUUGGAACAAAUUGUUACAAGUCUGCUGCACGUCACAUGCAAUUUUGUACAGUCUGAAGCUAUAAUGAAAUUCAUCUUCAAUUGUAUAGUUACGUGAUUGAACUGCAACACGGAAAGUUUUCAUGGCGAAUCAAGAAACGAUAUCAUCACUUCCACAAGUUAGAUGCAGAACUGCUUUUUCACCGCGCAAAGAAAGCUGGCGUCCGCCAUUCGGAUGAUCCUGGUCGACUGUCGUUUGCGCCAGCCAUCUUGCUUCAGCAUAGAGACGAACGACUGCGUGCCAUAGAAACUUAUAUUCAAGAUAUUCUGGACAAGAAAGGCUACCAAAAAAGUCGAAAACUUCAGGAAUUCUUCGAAAUCAGUCGAGUGUCGUUUGUCAAAGAUCUUGGUGUAAAACGCAGGUUAGUUUACCCGUUUAGUUGGCCAAUAGCGCAAUAUUUUAUUAUUUUACUCUAUCUAACGCCAGAUGAUUUUAAUCGUCAAGGAAACAGCGUUGCGCAUUAAUGAGUUAACAAAACUAUCUGCCAAAGUGGAAGUCUCUAGUUAACCCAUUAAGCUGGAAUGCGAAAUGCAUCCUGCUUCACUAUUUUACUCAGUCUAAAAUCCGACAAUUUUACUCGUCAAGAGUGACAUUAAUGGGUUAACCGAACUAUUGUUAUUUUCAUUUUUAUUAUAAUAUUACACACUAUAUUUUACAUCACGCCAGCCCCGACAACUACAGUACAAAAGUUUGAUGCUAUCUGGCAUUAUGUCUAGUUAACCCAUUAAGCUGCAAUGCGUCUAAAUACGCCCUACUUUAUUAGGGACCGAUCAUUAUCUAUGGUGGAGGGUGGCACCGAAGAGAAAUGUUUUUCGUGGAAAAAAUUUUGCUGACCCAACCACUGAAAAGUCAAAACAUUUGAUUACCCAACCUCGAAUAUCAAUUAAAAAAUAACUAUACCCACCCCUGACAAAAAAUGUUCAAAAGGAUACAGUACCAUUCAGUUAUCACACAUGUUCUUUAUCACUUCUGUGACAUGAGUUUUAUAACGGCUUCUGAAAGUUUCUGCAUUCAUACUGUCUGCACAUGUACUUUCUUUGGACACACCAUUUGUCUCCCAACAAAUCGGAAAACGAUCAAGAUAAUGACUCUGAUCACAGUUUAUAGAAAUGCUCUGAUUGAUUCACAUAUUUUAUUUUCAUAUGACUGCUGGCAUCCUUUACCAAACUGUCUGCCAUUGCUUUGUGUGAAUCAAAUCUUCAUCUUCCAGGGAAGGAGUAUUGCUGAAGCGUUCUGGAGGUCACGUGUCUCCUCAUUUGGCUAA